AAAGGAUUUACAAGUUCUUAUCCAUCAAUUUAGCUAAUUAGUAUACAAUAAUGAUUUUUUAAUUAUUUAUUUUAACACAAUCGUAUAUUCUACAUAUGUGUUGAAUAUUACAGAGAUAGAAAUAUUUUUUAAAUGCAAUAUUGCAUAAAAUACGUAUUCAUGCAUCAAAGAAUACAGUACAGAAAUCAGUGCUUUGUUAUUUAAUGAUCAUAGAUUUAAUAGAUUGAGUAUUAUUAAUAUUGAACGCAUAUGAUAAGUAAUUGAAUAGCAGAGAAUUGAAAAAAGUAUUAAAUAUGAAUGGGCCGAUGAGAGACUUGCCAUGGGGCUUUCAAGCCUUAAAAUAUAUGUGCAAUGGUUGCUGCGAGCAUCGUCGUGUCAAUCGGAUGAUGUGGCACCAAGGAGGAAUACUGGCGCUUACUUAUUUAGCAUACACUUGUUACCAUAUGACUCGGAAGCCGAUAUCCGUAGUGAAGAGUGUUCUGACUCACAAUUGCAGCAAUUUGCCGCCACCUCCGAAUAUUCCAGUGAAUGACAGUAAUCGUGACACUUGGUGCGAUUGGGCUCCAUUUGAUACUGAAGAUGCACCAGCAUUACUCGGCAUGUUGGACUCGGCCUUCCUGUUCUCAUAUGCAGCGGCUAUGUUUCUCAGCGGGUUUAUAGCGGAGAGAGUAAAUCUGCGAUAUUUCCUUUCCCUCGGUAUGCUCGCGUCAGGCAUAUCAUGCUAUCUAUUCGGAAUCGCUAAAUCAUACAAUAUCCAUAGUCUGUGGUAUUUUAUUGUCGUGCAGGCAAUAGGCGGAAUCUUUCAAACUUCUGGUUGGCCCGGUGUGGUAACAGUUGUGGGAAAUUGGUUCGGAAGAGGGAAGCGCGGCUUGAUCUUCGGAGUGUGGAACUCUCAUACAUCUUUAGGAAAUAUAUUAGGCACUUUAAUCGCGGCCGCGUACGUCGAGUCCGACUGGAGUCUGAGUUUCAUAGUGCCCGGAGUGAUAAUGGGUGCAAUGGGAUUUCUCCUCUUUCUGUUCUUAGUGCCAAAUCCUGUCGACAUAGGAUAUAGUCCGCCCGCCUCUGUCGGAUAUCGAAAAAUCGACGUAACGAAUAGUUCGGAUGAUGAUCAGGCCGAUGUAGGUUCCGAUUCUCAUAGUAUCGGUGAGGAUCGUGUCAUCUAUCGCUGUGUCUACCGUGAACAACUGUCUGCCAACCAUUUGGCCAAUGAACGAUCCGAGACCAGCCCGAUGCUAUCAGGACACCGUCGUAUUCAUUACGCACCUCGUGAUAACGCGAUCGGAUUCAUAGGAGCCAUGAAGAUACCCGGUGUCAUCGAAUAUUCCUUAUCUUUGUUCUUCGCGAAGCUCGUUAGCUAUACAUUCCUCUACUGGUUACCAUUGUACAUUGAAGCUUCAACUUCGUAUGGCGCAACUGCGAGUGCGACAUUGUCGAUUCUGUUCGACAUCGGCGGUAUAGUAGGCGCUAUAGCAGCCGGUGUUCUCUCAGAUUUCAGCGGCAUGAGUGCCCUGACAUGCGUCGCGAUGUUUGGAUUCGCAUGUCCCGCGUUAUUUUUAUACAAUUAUAUUGGGAACAUCAAUCUAGGCGUCAACAUAGUAUUACUACUAAUAGCAGGAGUAUUAGUAAAUGGUCCUUAUGCUUUGAUAACGACCGCUGUGUCGGCCGAACUAGGAACUCAUCCUAACUUAGGAGACAAUUCAAAAGCGUUAGCUACAGUGACUGCCAUCAUUGACGGAACUGGCAGCAUUGGUGCUGCAGUUGGUCCGCUAUUGGCGGGUUUAGUGUCUCGAUGGGCUAAAUGGAACGAUGUGUUUUACAUGCUUAUGUCUGCGGACUUAUUAGCCCUAUUGUUUUUGUCCAGAUUAGUUUAUCGAGAAGUAAGAUUGUACAUACAAAGACGAAGAGUCAUACAAAUUUAGACUCUGAAACAAAACUUGUUAAAACAAAUUGGUGUAAUGUAAAUGUGGAAAUACGCGAUUUCACGUAUUUGGAUCUGCGUACUUAUAAUCUCGCUCGUAUUCUCUUAAAAGUGCAUAAAAAUGUUAUACAGCAUUCCCAAGCAAAUCCAAAAUUGAAACUUACGAUUGAAAUGUACAAAAAAUAAUAUUAUAUUUUUUUAUAGUAUUUUGUCGCAACUGCGCUGUUGCAACACAUGUAAAUGUGAAUCAUUUUAAAAAAACAGAUAUAAUUGCGCUACUAGGUUAAAUUGGAGAUCUUUUUGAGAUCGAUAUUUUUUAAUAGUCACAUAUAUGUGCUAUAAAAAAUGCUUUCUUUUUACUAUAUAUAAAAUAUAAAAUGUUGCGUGAAUUUACAAUUAUAAUUAUUGCGCAAAACUAAUAUACAAAGAUAAUUUAAUAUA